AUGGUUAUUAUCGCUACCUUCAUAGAUUUUGAUUGGAUAAUGCAUAAGAAAAUAAUCAAAUUUGGCAUGAUUUCUAGUCAUAUAGGUGAUGAUCUUGGAAAAUUGGUGGAGAGUACAAUGAUGGAGUGGGGGAUUAGUAGUUUGUUCACAAUUACUGUUGAUAAUGCUACAAACAAUGAUGCGAUGCUCAAGUUUAUGAUAAGGAGGUUGAAGAACAAGGCUCAUUCUAUUUUGGGAUGUGAAUUUCUUCACGUGCGGUGUGCCGCUCAUAUUUUAAAUCUUAUUGUAACUGAAGGGUUGAAAGAAUUGGGUGCUUGUGUUUCUACUAUAAGGAAUGCAGUGAAAUUUGUAAGGUCCUCACCGGCGAGAAUGACAAAGUUUAAAUCAUGUAUAGAACUAAAAAAGAUUACAUGUACGAAGAUGGUAUGUCUAGAUGUUCAAACAAGAUGGAAUUCUAUGUACUUAAUGUUGAGCUCCGCUGAGAAAUAUGAAAAAGCUUUUGCCCUACUUGAGGAGGAUGAGGGUAAGUAUUUUGUUGCUCCUAGCUCUAUUGAGUGGGAAACUGCUAGGCUAUUUGUGAGGUUUUUGAAAUCUUUUUAUGAUGCCACAUUGAAGUUCUCUAGUUCAAAAAAUGUCACCUCCAACUCAUAUUUCAUUCAACUUUGUAUUAUUCAAAAUACUUUGAAUGAUGGUAUUUGUAGUGAUAAUCCUAUCCUUAGUUCAGUGAGUUUUGAUAUGAAAACAAAGUAUGAUAAGUAUUGGGAGACUGCAGAGAGGAUUAACUUAUUGUUGUAUGUGGCAUUUGUUCUUAACCCACGUUACAAGAUGAAGGGGUUAGUAUUUUGGUUGAAAAGAUGCAAUGAUGUUGAUUGGGCGAAAUUUAUCUAUGAGAGUGUGGACGCCCUCUUGAACCGUUUGUGGGAUCAAUACAAUUUGUUUCAUGGGGAGGAUGGGUUAUCUAACUCUGAUGUAGGUAUGCAAAGUUCAAUUCCUACUUUUUCAAAUGUUGAUGAUGAAGACUUGGAGGAUCAAGAUGUGCAAUAUUUGAAGCUGUUCUCCCAACACCAAGAAGAGACCGACUCGGAGUGUAAGUCGGAGGUGGAACGAUAUUUGUCUGAUCGAUGUGAAGCAGCAACCCAAGAUUUUAAUAUCUUACUUUGGUGGAAGGUUAAUGCACCCAAAUAUCCUAUUCUCGCAGAGGUAGCCCGUGAUGUAUUAGCUAUUCCUAUUUCCACUGUUGCAUCUGAGUCUGCCUUCAGCACUGGAUGA